CUCAGUGUCGCAGCCCACGCUUACAGCAGUCGUUUCCCGCGGUGCGAACUGGGAACGAUGUGCCAGUUGUGUACAUGGCGUGUGGAUGGCGUGCCAAUUGUAAAGAUGGCGUGACCUUCUCCCUGAGCAAAUGACCUCAUGGCUUGGAUAUAUAUCUCCUGAGGCGCACACUUGUCUAUGUCAGGCUUGAACUUCACCAUGACCAUCACGCAGACCACAGCGCCUCCGGUACCGCACUACGUGCCCGCAUCUGACACUAAGGCAGAUUUGGAUUAUGCGGACCUAGCGGUAGUCGACUUUUCCAAGCUCUCGACCCCAGAGGGUCGGACAGAGCUUUCUAGGAUCGUUAGGGAUGCCAUGUCCACUCAGGGCUUCUUCUGUGUCAUCAAUCACGGUCUGUCUCUUGAACAAAAAGACCGGAUCAUCGACAUUGGCAAUGUUCCGUUCGAACAAGUAUCGGACGAGGAGAAGUUGAAAUAUAUUGGCAAGAUGCUCGAGACGGGAUCGUAUCAAGGGUACAAGCUCCGACAAUACUGGCAUGUAGACGGCGGCGUGCGCGACCAGAUAGAAAAUUACAACAUCAACCGAAUUGUGACGAAGAAGGAGCAUCCAGAAGCUUUGCGGCCGCUCUUGCCAGAGCUCGAUGCUUUCGCCAAGCACAAUCAUUUCAACGUGCUGCACCCAAUCUUGCGCCUCAUGGCCAUUGGACUCGAGCUUCCCGAGGAGACUUUCGUAAACAUCCAUGGUUGGGACACCGUUGGUGAAACAUAUGUGCGCUUCAUGAAAUACUAUCCGCGCUCUGCUGAAGAAGAAGCGAAAUCCAACAACGUAUGGCUCAAGGGCCACACCGACUUCGGCAGCAUCACGAUUGUAUGGUCUCAACCGGUAGCUGCUCUUCAGAUCCUGUCGCCCGACGGCAAGUGGCGCUGGGUCCGGCACAUCGACAAUGCCAUCGUCAUAAAUGCUGGGGACGCGAUGGAGUUCCUCUCCGGAGGAUACUACAAAGCCACAAUCCACCGCGUCGUGCAGCCGCCUGAGGACCAGCGCGGCUACACGCGCCUCGGCACCUUCUACUUCGCCAUCCCCGACGACAGCGUCAAGCUCGUUCCGCUCGCAGAGAGCCCGGUGCUGCAGAGGGAAGGCAUCAAGCGGCGCUUUGACGACGAGCACGCACCGACUACGGAAGUGUGGCGCAAAGGCCGGACCGCUGCAUACGGCAAAAGUGAAUUGAAGAUAGGACAAGAAAGCGGGAUAGAGGAAGAAUACAUCAACGGCGUCUUGGUGAAGCACUAUAACUAGCCUAGUACCGGAGCUCGUGAAAAUUGUUUGCAUCUAUUUGAGUGUAGCACGAGGUCCAUCGGUAGAGAAGGGUGGUUCAUGUCUUUGCCUCAUCCUCGUAAUGCUCGAUUGUCAGCGUCCGAACUGGCCCGAAGAAGUGGAAGCGGCCCCAGAAUCUCCAGACGGCGCCGACAAGGAGCACGACACCACCGAUGGCGACAAUGGCGUAGUUCAUGUUAAGUUUUGUUACGGGCAUCGCAGUCGGCAGAAUGAAGAGAAUGCAAAUGAAUACGGUGAACAGAAAACUUGCUAGGUUGAUUGGCCAAGACCACUUUCCCAGGCUGAACAGGCCGCGGCUGGGCAACGAGGUCGAAGGCCAGACUGUUCGGAUGAGGAUGGGUUGCAUAUAGCUGAGCAUGACCGCGAUAGCCGCAGAAGAGAGGAUAGCAUUGAAUGCGAUGGCGGACCCAAUGUAAGAGCACGAGAUGAUGCAGCCAAUCAGGACGGACAGCCAGACGCCGACAUACGGAGCCUGGUACCGGUUGAGCGUCAUGAAUGAGGAUCUGAACGGGAACGCGUCGUCUCUGGCCAGGGCAUAGAAAAGACGAGAGCUCGCGGUGAACGCCGUGACGGCGGCCAUGAACUGUGCAAGCAUGAUGACAGUGAGGCACAUCAACGUCAGGCGCUUGCCGACGGCGUCGAAGUACAGCUGGGCGAUGGGAAUGGCGUACGAUGUGGCUUGUACGUUGCUGAUACUCUGCACAGAGAAAAGUAAAGCGAGCAUGUACGCCAGACCAAUUAACCACGAGCCGACGAUACUACCAACGACCGCCAGUGGGGCGAGGAGCUCUGCACGCUUGGCCUCUUCCGCCACCUGUGCGGCUGUUUCGCAGCCUUCAAGUGUGUAGACGGCCUACAUAAAACCGAGUAGUACGACAAAUCCUCUGGAUUGCCAUCCUGUAAAGUUUUCGAAGUCCGUGAAGACAAACUGAGCAGAAUUCUUCUCAGGCGCUUUCACAAGCAAAGUGAUCACCAGAACCAGUGUACCACCGAGUGUCCACCACAAAUUGAAGAUGCUCAAGGCGCCGAUAGCCUUAGUUCCAACAGUAUUGAUGACGCCUGACAGAAUAUUCACACCCCAUGCUAUUGCGGCUAUCUCUACUCGGGUGAGUGUUCUGCCUCGUCCAACUUCUGCAAGGGAUGCAAGAUACAAAGCUACACUUAGGUUGCCAGACGUACCGGUGAAAACCAUCGCGAUGCUGUAGAUCCAGCCUGUCAAAAAGCCCAAGAUCGGCUGAUCCGGUUUCAUCUUGCAAACCCAGAAAUAUAGGCCACCCAUGGUUGGGAAGACACUACAGAUUUCGGCCAGAGACAGUGCGAUGAGAAGCAUGAAGAAACUGCAGAUAUUCCAGCCCCAGAAGAGCCCGAGCGGCCCUCCGGAGAAAAGACCGGUUUGAAACGCGCUGCUCAUGCCUGUCAAAAUCCCAAUGGCACAGAAUGAGAUGCCCAGGACGCCGGAAAGCGACAUGUCCCGACGAAACUCGCUCUUGUAGCCGAGCUCGUUGAGGCGCCUUUCCGAGGACGAAAGAACGGCAUCGUGGUCUGAGACGUUGAGCCCAGCGAGGUGCGGACUUUUAGACACGCUUUG